AUGCUCCUUAUAAGGUUCUGUUGCCUUCUCGGCCUUGCGCGCCUUAGCUGGGCCGCGCGGCUGAGCAAGGAGGAGAGGAGUCAGCCGGACGUCGUGGACGGCCCAGUGGACGGCCCGGCAAUCCACUGGCACGACUCGAAGGCAUGCCGUGAGGUCAAGGAAUUUGCCCCGGAGCCGGCUGUCUUAAAGAUCAACCUCGACUUAUCCAAAGUGUGGUCGAAGCUUCCUGGUGAGGCCCUUGUGGCCAUUGAAGGCCUUGACGAACUGCAAGCCGUUGUGAAGCUCGGCCUCAGGAAGCCCGUGGGUGCUGCGGAGAUCGACGUCCGAGUGCUGCCCGACACGGUGCUCAACGGUGAACUGCAGGGCGUGAAGAUGUCUCUUCCUGGCAUGCCGAUUACAUCCUUCAACCACGUGUCUUUCAAUGCAACGUCAAAAGACUCGGCUCUGCCCAUGCUUGCGCUCUCAGCCUCAGUCGUCAAGGAGAACGGCGUCACCAGUUUGAGGUUCAGCGAGGAGAGCGAUCUGAACCUUGCGUUCCAGAAGCUGAAGGUCCGAGGGAAUGGAUUCUGGAGUGGGACGGUGGCUCGAAUCACGAACCUGCUCAGCCGGGCGGGUGCCACCAACGUCAAGGCUUUCCAGCAACUUGCCGCUGCCUUGAUCUUCCGCUUUGUGGUGAACUUUGCAAACGAAGCCAUGCCGUCCGAGCUUCUGGCCAUGAUCGGGAGCGAGGAGCACGGCUUCGUCGCCGAGCUGGUGGUGCAUGCGCACUUUCAGGCGAAAGGGGAGCCGAGGGAUCCCGCCAUCGCCCUCUGGGUGGCCACCAGGGACCUUGCCUUGGAGACCACCCGCCGAGGCCUCACAGACUUCGUGAACGGGGUCUUCGAUGGGCUCCGGGACCUGGGCUUGUCGGACGACUUUGAGAAGUCCCGGCAGAGCCUCCUGAAGAUGGCGGUGGAGGAGGACCUGAACAUGGACGUGAAUGUCACCGGCUUCCUCCCUUCCCCAGACUUGCCGGAGAAGCCCCGAGGCUGGGGACCUGUCUUCCUCCUCGACGUGAACAUGGACAUGAACGAUCAGGGCGAGGAGGAAACGGAGGAGGCCGCAAGCCAGGAGUUCGAGGCGGAGCAGCUCAGCCCCCUGAACUUGCCUUUCAGUGCUUUCGGGAUGGGCUGCCUCAGUGGCAAGAGCUGGAUUGACGCCUCGCGGAAGUGCCGAAGCACUGUGAUGCAGCUCCGGGCUCGCAGCAACGCGGAAGACAUGAACGACCUCUUGCUCCAGCAGUCGAUUCAGCUCUUCGGGACAUGGGUGCGCAAGGCCUUGAAGAAGGCGUUUCCCUCUCUCUUCCACAAGCCUCUGGAGGCCGACGUCCUUGCCACAGAUGCCCGGUGGAGUCAGAACUGCAGCUAUGCGAUGCUCGCCAUCCCUUCUGGGGAGUGGUGGACUCCAAUCCUCGCAGCCCACCAACUUCUGCAAAUCCACAACCCGAGAGUGUCAGAGCUUCACGAGAUUUGGCGGAACUUCGGCCUGCGUUUCAGGAUCCGCCAGACGAUCUACACGCAUCCGCAAGCAGGGCCCAUGGUGGCGAUCAGCGACAGAGGCUUAGAGGCCUUGCCCGCGCUGAAGAUGAGCUUCAUCGGGAAGUGGAAGGACCUCCUGAAGCUCCUUCCACCUGGAAUCCUGUACUUGUAG